AUGGUUCUGAGAGCUCAGCUGAACUCACAGUGUAGAGUUGAGAUCAAACAUGGUUAUAUAGAGACGAGGUUGGAGUCAGAGAGACACCCGAAGUCAUCCCCGACCAGAGGGACCAUGAAGCUCAGCACUCUCAUCCUUCUGCUUCUUGCAGCUGCUGCAUCAGGGGAGGUUGAGAAGAGGGUUGUUGGGGGUAAGCCCUGUAAGACGGACAGACAGUACCAUGUGCAGAUUCAGUCUAUUCAGCCGGGAAAGUCCUGUGGCGGCUCGCUGAUCAACACCGGCUGGGUCAUCACUGCUUCUCACUGCGCUGAACAGGCUGUGAAACUGACACUCGGUCUAAACAAUAACGUGGGCUGGAUGGAUAAAAUUGGGUCGUGGCUGAAAAGAAAGUCAAAAAAAUUGGAGCAGGACAUCAAAACCGAGCAGCAGUUCUCUUACAAAGACGAGGAGGGGAAGGCCCACGACAUCAUGCUCAUCAAACUGAACGAGAACAUGUCUCCCAAUCUGCCCACCAUCAGGCUUCCCCCUGCCGCCGAUUGCACCAAACCUGAGAUAGGCCAGCAGGUUGAGAUCGGAGGCUGGGGAGCCAAGAAAGCUGACAUCUUAAAAAACAAACUGCCCAAGAGCCUCCAGUGUGCCAGCACAGACCUUUCCACGUGCGGUGAGAAUGAUAAACCUGGGGAUAAAUAUGUCAGUGAUGAAGAAUCCACCAUGUGUGCCUUUAAGUGGGGGGUGGAGACCUGCUUCGGGGAUGCUGGCUCAGCUGUGGAGUAUAACAACAUCCUACAUGGGAUCGUUUUGAGCAACCCUGUGGAUAUGUGUGCAAGCACCAUCGUCAUGGCAAACAUCUGCCACUACAGGGCGUGGAUUGAUAAAACCAUGAGGGAAAACGCACUUAAUCAGAAAGUCUAA